AUGGAGUUAAUCAAGGCAGCUGGUCUUAUGAAAACUGUGACUGCUCUGCCUCAAUGCUAUGAGGGGCUAGUCAAAGAAUUUAUUGUAAACAUUCCUGAGGAAAGUUAUGAGGUCUGCAAAGUGGUUGUUAGGGGUAAGUCUGUAAAACUUUCACCAACCAUCAUCAACAGAUUCCUAGGGAGAGGAACUAAUGGAGGGGUAGAUCUAGAGACCACAGAUAAUGAGAUUUGUAGGAUGAUCACAGCUGGCCAGGUUAAGGAAUGGCCUAGUAGGAAACACCUAUCAACUAGUAAGCUAACUGUCAAACAUGCCUUCACCAAUGCUGUAAAGUUGCCCAUUGCAUUCCCUUCCAUCAUUUGUGGCAUCAUCCUGAGUCAACAACCAGGAAUUCUAAGUGCUAGUCAUAUUCCAAGCAGGAGGAAGACCCCUCUAUCAAUUCACGAUAAGCUUUUUGAGGGUAGUCAUGUCAAUGAUGUUGUCAUGACAUCUGCAAGAAGGGAACAUGCAUCUCAAGGGAACCUAAUUGACCAACUAAGAGAAACCUGCAGGGAAUUGGAGAAUGGUAUAAAUGUGGCCAAAGCAAGAAAAGAAGCUUUGGAAGCUCUUAUUUAUAGCCUGGAAAAGGAGGAGAUAGAAAAAGCUGGUAAGGACUCAGAUGCAAAAGCACAGUCUUGUAACAACUCUGAAAGCUCUGAUGGCUCUGAAGAUGAAGAAGAAGGCGAAGAUGAUAGUUCUUCCUCUGAUUGA